AAAAACCACACACAGCAGAGCUCCAGGAGCGAGAAUUUUCCGAAUGAGCUCAGCUCGGUCAGUAACACUUCUGCUGUCGUCCCGUUCAGAGGCCAAACUCGGGCGGAGUUUAUGAUUUUGGCAUUUGCAGCAGUGGAUCGCUGAGUUACAUCGUCUGUGAUCUGAAAUCAACUCAAACACACACACACACGUGCUAGAGUUGUUGUUUUUUUUUUGUUGCCAGAUUUUACUGAAAUUAAAACGAUUUUAAAAAGCAAAGAAACAUGACUCAAUUCAACAAGGGACCAGCCUACGGAUUAUCUGCAGAAGUUAAGAGCAAGAUUGCACAGAAAUAUGACAUGCAAAAAGAAGAGGAGCUCCGUUUCUGGAUUGAAGAGGUAACGGGAAUGCCAAUCGGAGACAACUUUCAGAAGGGCCUGAAAGAUGGUGUCAUUCUAUGCGAGUUAAUAAACAAGCUACAGCCUGGUUCCAUAAAGAAAAUCAACCACUCGCAGUUAAACUGGCACAAGCUGGAGAACCUUGGGAAUUUCAUCAAAGCCAUCCUAACCUAUGGCUUAAAGCCCAAUGACAUCUUUGAAGCCAAUGACCUCUUUGAAAAUGGGAACAUGACUCAAGUCCAGACUACACUGCUUGCCCUCGCAAGCAUGGCAAAAACUAAGGGCCUUGAUACAAAGGUUGACAUUGGAGUAAAAUAUGCAGAUAAGCAGGAGAGGCGUUUUGAUGAUGAGAAGAUGAAGGCUGGCCAGUGUGUUAUUGGACUUCAGAUGGGGACUAACAAAUGUGCAAGCCAGGCUGGCAUGACUGCUUAUGGCACGCGGAGACAUCUUUAUGAUCCAAAGACCCAAACAGACAAGCCUUAUGACCAGACUACAAUCAGCUUGCAGAUGGGCACUAACAAAGGAGCUAGCCAGGCUGGCAUGUCUGCCCCAGGCACCAGAAGAGACAUUUUUGAUCAGAAGGUUGCUGUGCAACCUCUGGACAACUCUACCAUCUCCUUGCAAAUGGGCACCAACAAGGUGGCAUCUCAGAAGGGCAUGAGUGUGUACGGCCUGGGCAGGCAGGUUUACGACCCCAAAUACUGUGCCCCGGCCACUGAGCCCAUCACCCAUGCCAAUGGCAGCCAAGGCACAGGCACAAACGGCUCGGAGAUCAGCGACAGUGACUAUCAGGCUGAAUACCAGGAGGAGGAGUACCAGGGCAAUUACCAUGAUGAAUACAGUGGCCACUACAAUGACCAGGGAAUCGACUACUAGGGAGAGGUGCAUCAUUACUCGAAACAGUAUUAAUGCAAUAUAUUCUCAACAGAGCAAGUCUUUUGCCAUCAUCACUAGUCGUGUUUUGUAUUAAGGGAUGAGAGAAAAAGAAAGUGUUAUUGCCUUGUGAGCACUGCCCAUAAUCUAGAUGACCUGUUUAAGCUGCCCAUGUUUUACUAUGGUCAUAUUUUAAUAUAAACAGUAAGAUACCUUAAGAUUCAGAACAUUACUUUUAACUGUUUUUGUUUUGUUUUUUCGAAGAACUGUGAAGAAAAUAUUCCACAUUUUCAUUAUACAGCGUUUGCUCAAUGGAUAUCCACUUUUUUAUACCCUGUGAUUUUUCUUAGUUUAUUAAGUGAGGUUUUUAUGCACCUCAGUGUGAAACUGUGUCAAAUAAGGGGCAGGAAAUAAGCCUUAAAAUCAUUCCAUUUGGUUUUUACAUCACUGGAAGUUUUAGUUUUUUCAUAUCUCUGAAAUGCCAAGGCUUAACUGUUUUUAAGAGAGAUGCUUCCUUAGACUGGAUAACCAUGAGUUCUUUUAGUUUGCCGCUUUUAUCAAAUAGUUUUAUUUGUGCCAUAAUCUUUAAAUUGUUCCUAUACAUUCCACUCCCACUGUAUUUAUUGUCAUUUUCUCAACUGUUUCACUGUCAUAUGGUUCUUUUAAUGAAUAAAUUGUAUGUUAUUAAAAAAAAAAAACUUUUAA